AGUAUUUAGAUUAAUAGUACAGCAGGCUAUUAUAAAUUAAUUUUAAAUUAUAAAGCGUAAAUCCAAUUUUGACGAGUAAGGUCAAAUUUUGAUUAUCAUAAGGACAUUCAGGUUUAGCCUUACUUUUUCAUAAAACUUAAUAACGAACAAAUAGAGAAUAUAAAAUGGAACAUCAAGAUACUCCUCAGAUCAUAACGCAUAUAGAACAUAAUCUUAAUCACUCAAUUUUUGAUUGUAAGUGGAUUCCUUGUUCAGCCAAAUUUGUUGUAAUCGGAUGUCUGCCCAAUGGUAGUGGAACUAUAGAAAUAUUUGAAAUAACUUCCGGUGAAGUGAAUAAGAUCAAAGAUAUAGAGCGUCCUAAUUCAUACAAAUGUGGAACAUUUGGAGCUAGUAGUGACAUUGAAAGGAGACUUGCUACAGGCGAUUUUAAAGGAACUUUGGAAAUAUGGGACUUGGAAAAAACUUGCCAAGUUUAUAUUACCAAAGAACAUUCAGAUAUUAUUAAUUCAAUUGAUGGCGUGGGUGGCAAUACUAUGAAUUGUGGUGCACCAGAAAUAGUCACUGGAAGUCGAGAUGGGACAGUAAAAGUCUGGGAUCCUCGCCAAAGGGGAAAGCCAGUUGCAAACAUGCAGCCAAUGAAAGGAGAAACAAAGAGAGACUGUUGGGCUGUAGCUUUUGGUAACUCCUUCAAUGAUGCUGAAAGAAUUGUAGUAGCUGGCUAUGAUAAUGGUGAUCUUAAAAUGUUUGACCUCAGAACCAUGUCUUUAAGAUGGGAAUGCAACUUGAGGAAUGGGGUUUGUUUUGUGGAAUUUGAUAGAAAAGACAUACCUAUGAAUAAAUUAGUUGCAAGCACACUAGAGGGCAAGUUUCAUGUGUUUGAUGUAAGAACUCAGAAUCCUACAAAAGGAUUUGCACAGGUACUUGAUAACUCAACUAAGAGUGGUACAGUAUGGGUAUCACGACAUUUGCCACAAAAUCGUGAUAUCUUUGUAACAUGUGCUGGAAAUGGACAAGCAUCUCUAUGGAAAUAUGAGUACCCAGAGCAGCGUUUCCAUGUGGAUGGUCAAGGGGUGGCUAUAGGUGUUCCUGGCAAAUUAAAGCAACUCCAACGGAUGGUCAUCAGUUCGCAGCCAAUAAAUGCACUAGACUGGAAUAGGGAUCAUCUAGGGUUAGCUGUUGCGACAGCUUAUGAUCAAUAUGUAAGAGUUUUAGUUACCACCAAAUUAAAUUUGCAUUAAUAAAUUAAUUUCUCCACACUUCAAAGUAAAUUUGGUGUUCUACCAUUUUACUAAUGUGCACAUUUGUCUCUUCCUGAUAAUGAGUAUUCACAUAUUAUAAAUAAUAUAGUCACAAGUUUCUUUUGGUUUAAAGAUG